AUGCACGAAGCAGGUCUGCGCGAGAGCCAGGCUACCGAGGUGGAGGACAGCAAUGGCUCCCUGUCAUCAGAUGAGGAGCUGGACACUUUGGAGUACGCCAAAAGUCUGGCCUUCAAACAGUCCAUACCCAAGAAAAGCAUCAGUCAGAUCAUCAAGGACAAGAAGAAACAGACUCAACUGACUCUGCAGUGGCUUGAGGAAAACUACAUUGUAUGUGAAGGUGUCUGUUUGCCGCGAUGCAUCUUGUAUGCCCAUUACUUAGAUUUCUGUCGCAAGGAAAAGCUGGAUCCUGCUUGCGCAGCUACUUUUGGCAAGACGAUACGACAGAAAUUUCCACUGUUAACCACCAGGAGACUUGGCACGAGGGGGCAUUCAAAGUAUCAUUACUAUGGCAUUGGCAUCAAAGAGAGCAGUGCCUAUUAUCACUCAGUGUACUCUGGAAAAGGCCUAACCAGAUUUUCUGGAAGCAAGCUCAAGAAUGAGGGAGGAUUCACACGUAAAUAUUCCCUGAGUUCAAAAACUGGAACUUUGCUGCCAGAGUUUCCAAGUGCCCAGCAUCUGGUGCUGCAUGGAUCCAUAUCAAAAGAAAAGGUGGAUACACUGAUCAUGAUGUACAAGACCCAUUGCCAGUGCAUCUUGGACAAUGCCAUCAACACAAACUUUGAAGAGAUCCAGAAUUUCCUGCUGCACUUCUGGCAGGGAAUGCCGGACCAUCUCCUGCCCCUCCUGGAGAACCCCGUCAUAGUGGACAUCUUCUGUGUCUGUGACUCCAUCCUCUACAAGGUUCUCACUGAUGUUCUCAUCCCCGCGACCAUGCAGGAGAUGCCUGAAAGCCUAUUGGCAGAUAUUCGCAACUUUGCCAAACACUGGGAACACUGGCUAGUGUCAUCUUUGGAAAAUCUUCCAGAGAUUUUAUCUGAAAAGAAGCUACCCAUCGCACGGCAGUUUGUGUCCUCCUUGAAGCGGCAGACGUCAUUCCUACACCUCGCCCAGAUUGCCAGACCUGCACUAUUUGACCAAAACGUGGUGAACUCGAUGGUUGCCGAUAUCGACAAGGUGGAUUUACACAGCAUCGGCUCUCAGGCGUUUCUUACCAUCUCCACCAGUGACAAAGACCCAGACCUCUACUCCGAGUAUGACUCUGUGGCUGUGUUCCAAGACUUGAAGGACCUCCUGAAAAAGAAUGCUACGGUCGAGUCUUUCAUUGAAUGGCUGGACACUGUGGUUGAGCAAAAAGUGAUUAAGCCAUGCAAGCAAACUGGGCGGUCCGUGAAAAGGAGAGCUCAGGAUUUUCUGCUGAAGUGGAGCUUCUUUGGAGCUCGAAUCAUGCAUAGUCUCACACUGAACAAUGCUACAAGUUUUGGGUCUUUUCACCUAAUUCGAAUGCUCCUAGAUGAAUAUAUUCUCUUGUCUAUUGAGACACAAUUCAACAAUGACAAGGAGCAAGACCUUCAGAAUCUUUUGGAAAAAUACAUGAAAAAUGCAGAUGCCAGCAAAGCAGCCUUCACGGCAUCCCCAAGUUCCUGCUUCCUGGCCAAUCGAAACAAGCCUAAUACUUUCUCUGGCGAUUCGUCCGUUAAAAACGAGUUGCAUGGGGAACACCAGUUCAUGUCCCUCAGUGGAGUCCAGCAGCUUCUAGGGCAGAACAUGGUGGUGUACCAAGGCACCGAGGCGGAUGGAUUCACCCUCCCUGGUCAGCUGGACUUCUCCCAGAGCAGCGGCCCGCUCAUGACGCCCCCGGUCUCCCCAGCGCUGGUCCACAGAGGCAGCGUCAUCAACCAGGCUCCAACCAUGGCCACUCGCCCCCAGGCCAGCACCACCACCACCAACACCACCACCACCACCUGUCCCGCCCAGCCCCACACCCUAUGCCAGACCCCCUUCCCAGAGUCCCUGUACCAGAGUCUCCCGCUGUCCAACGCUGCUGCCUUCUACCCAGCCUCCUCAUCCGCCACCUACCAGCCGCCCUUCAGACCCCAGGGACAAGGACCGAUCGCUCCAGCCGUCUACCCGCUGCGGUCUGAUGCGGGGCGCUACACCACCUUUGGCGAGCAGCCAGUGACUAAGGACUGCUUCAGCACCAGCUGUGCAGCAGCGUCGUACAACCCGAGGGGCGCGGUGGGAUAUGACGCCGCCCCAGACACGGUCGCGGUGGAGGCACAAGGGGCGCCGCUCCUGGACGCUGGAGGGUACAGCUUUAUCAACAGCGGGCUGAAUGGAGGAGGCUGCCAAGCCCUGAGCUACGCUAGCACUGGAUCAAGCGGCUACUAUGGCGGCGGUGGUUACCAUGACAGCCAGAGGAUGGGUUCCAUGGUGGAGCACGUGUCGGUGAUCAGCAGUGUGAGCUCCAUGCGCUCCCUCCAGCCGUACACUGACAUACACGACCCCCUCAACCUCCUGGACGACCCCGGCAGGAAGCCCGCCCCCCCGCCGUACUACAUCGAGCAGGCCUCCUUAGUCACACGCACCUCUGGAGCCUCCUCUGCGGUCCCAGCCAUCCCCUCCUCCAUCUCCACUCACUGCAUGUACGGAGCCGCCUCCCAGUACCCUUCCCACGAUGCACUGCUUCCGCACCAGGACUCCUCGCAGGUGCGGGAGAUGGUGUCCUCCCUUCCCCCCAUCAACACUGUCUUCAUGGGGUCAACGGGCGGCCCUGCGUAACCAACGCGCCAAAUACUCUGUCCUCCUGACUUGAUCCAGUCUCAGCACAGCAGGUGAGACCCCACAUGGUGUUUGCUGUUCAGGUAACCGUCUGCCUGCUAAGGGCCGAUGGGUAACACAGUAACUAGCAUUUUUGACUGUAUCUGGUAACUGGUUUCCAGGGCUUGACUGGUCAUCUGGCAUAC